ACAUAAUCAGUGUGGUUUAGCUUUCAUAAUUUUGCACGUUCAAAACAAAAGCACUAUUUUAUGAGCUUUUGCCGAUAGCCACAAAAUUCUUGUAACUAUGCCACCUGAAUCCGUGUCUCCCCACCUAAGCUCAUUUAUUGCCUCCUCUGUUUCUGCUGUCUGCUUUCAAUACCUCCACCAUUUUCCCAUUUAUGGCCAGUAGAAAGAUUACUUGCCUCUCUCUCUCAUCAACUGUUUCUACUUAGGCUUCAAUUAUGCUGCGUUCUUGAAUGCUCACACCUUUCGAGAGCACUAGAGCAUGAAAUUAAGUUGAUUGGCGGGUUGGUAGCAAUUAUGCCAAUCGGUUUUCAAUGUUGAAGAGGAAAAGAUUCGUCUGCAUUUCGGGGAUGUGGGCAUGCAUGUUCUUUCACUAGUCUUGAGAAGGAAAUUAAAAUCAAGAUUCAAUUUUUAUAGUUUUUCUUUUGUGGGAGUGGGAUUCUUUGCUGAUUAGCUGAGCUUCAGCCAUGUGUAAGAAUGCCUAAUUGCUCACUUCUUCUUCUAAGCUCAGUGAGAGAGAGAAGGUGUGCAGUACAGUUGAGUGCAUAAAGAAGAAACCAUUAGUGAAAAGCUCAGUGGGUAGAUGGGGUUUCAUUUCAUUAAUUGAUAUCCAUUUUCUUGGGUUUUUGUCAGUUUGCUUUUUUCCCCUUUACCUUGAUGAAGCCGUCUCAGUAAAGCAAAUGUGAGAGAGCGUCAGUCAACCCUAAGGGGUUGAUAGUGACAAUAACUGGCGCCUUAUUUUGCACUUCAUUUUGGCCCCAGUAAUUUCAAAAACUAAUCUUUUCUCACACCCUUCCCCCCCUUUUCAUGAUUGUUCUAGAUCUGUAAUUUAGGCUCUGUUGAAGCCAAAGGUGUAGCCAUUGUUAACUUGUACACUCCGAGAUUUUGCAGGUGCUUAGUGCUAAUCAAGUGGCUUUAGUUAACUUAGGGUGAACUACAUGUGUUUUUUACUGAUGGGUACGAAUUCAAGAAUUCAUUUUUAGCUGUACUUCUCAUUUAUUAGUUUCCCCAGCUGGGUGGUUGUUGUGGUCUUGAAAGUCUGUUGAGUUUUAUCCAUGGAUGGUCCAUUGCAAGUAUUGGUGCUUAAGCACAACCCCAUUUGCUCACUCUUCUUGCUGUCACCAUUGUUGUUGAUGCUCAUCACACUGCCACCACUAGUUAGAUCAGGCGAUGCCGAGGCUCUCUUGGCUCUGAGAGCUUCGAUGGACUCGGUGGGGGUGCUCCCGUGGGGUCGGGGAGGGGCUGAUGUUUGCCAGUGGCAAGGUGUUAAAGAGUGCUUGAAUGGGAGGGUGACCAAGCUUGUGGUGGAGAGGUUUAACUUAAGUGGCUCAUUGGAUGGCAAAAACCUUAAUCUGUUGGAUCAGCUUAGGGUGCUGAGCUUUAAAGAGAACUCGAUUUCUGGCCAAAUCCCAGAGCUUCCUGGCCUUGUAAAUCUCAAGUCUCUUUACCUCAACAACAACAAGUUUGAGGGUGGAAUCCCAGUUAGUCUUGCUCGGAUGCAUCGCCUCAAGGUGGUUGUGCUGUCGGAGAACAGGCUAUCGGGUCAGAUUCCUCAGGCGUUCGUUGGAUUGAGCCGAUUGUAUGUGCUUUUUGUGCAGGAUAAUAGAUUGACUGGUUCUAUUCCCCCAUUCAACCAAACCAAUCUUACAUUCUUUAAUGUUUCUAAUAACUUGCUAUCCGGGAGAAUACCUAUAACUGCAGCAUUGGCUAAGUUCGAUGGGCUCUCUUUCAUUGCCAAUGCUGAUCUGUGUGGUGAACAGAUUCAGAAGCCAUGUCGUUUUGGUCCAUCUGCCAGUCCAUCAUUUUCAGUAGAGCCCGGUGAAACAGGACAUCAUCAUAAGUGGAAUAAGAAGCAUAUUUUGAUUCCUGUUCUCAGUGUCAUUGGAUUUGUCCUUCUAUGCAUCAUUGCAGUGGUUCUUAUCGCGUGUUUGAGGAACAGAGGCAAUGAGAAGGAGGCGGGUGGUAAGGUGGCUGCACGAGGCGUGGAGGAGGGGGCACCUAGUGGGACAGCAGACGAGAACGCUGAGGGCAAACACGAGGUGUUUCCUUGGGAUCAAGGGGGUGAAGGGCUAGGGAGUUUGACAUUUGUUGGUGAUGAGAAGAUGAAUUACAGCUUGGAGGAUCUUUUGAAGGCUUCAGCUGAGACGUUGGGGAGGGGGAUGUUGGGGAGCACGUACAAAGCAGUGAUGGAGACGGGCUACAUUCUGACAGUCAAGAGGCUGAAAGAUGCGAUGUACCCGACAAUGGAGGAGUUCAGAAGACACAUUGAGAUUCUUGGCAGGUUAAGACAUCCCAAUCUGGUUCCUCUCAGGGCUUAUUUUCAGGCUAAGGAGGAACGUCUACUCGUGUAUGAUUACUUCCCCAACGGCAGCCUCUUCUCUCUCGUACAUGGAUCAAGAACUGCAGGUGGUUCAAAGCCUCUUCACUGGACAUCUUGCCUUAAAAUAGCCGAAGACGUCGCGACCGGGCUGCUCUACAUCCACCAGAACCCUGGCCUAACUCAUGGUAACUUGAAAUCCACCAAUGUACUACUCGGGUCCGACUUCGAGUCAUGCCUCACGGACUACGGACUGACACCCUUCAGAAACCCCGAGUCGUACGAGGAAUCCAGUGCUUCGUCCCUCUUCUACCGGGCUCCCGAGUGUCGCGAUCCCCACAGACCCCUAACACAGAAGGCCGAUGUAUAUAGCUAUGGGAUCCUCCUGCUCGAGCUUCUAACCGGCAAGACCCCUUUCCACGACUUCAUGCAAGAACACGGCCCGGACAUAUCCGGAUGGGUACGGUCUAUACGGGACGCAGAGACCGAGUCGGGCGACGACCCUGCGUCGAGCAACGAGGGGUCCGAGGAGAAGAUCGGUGCUCUCCUGGAGAUUGCCGUGGCGAGCGUCGCGGCCGUGCCCGAGAACCGGCCCGCGACCAGGGACGUGGUGAGGAUGAUUCGAGAGGUGAGAGUGGACGCUCACUUGUCGUCGAACAGCAGCAGCCACUCCCCGGGGAGAUGGUCGGAUACUAUCCACAGUUUGCCAAGGGAAGAUCAGUUAACUAUGUAGCAUUGUUUAUGUGAAUUCUUUUCUACUUCAUUUGUUGAAUGGGUGAUGUUUCAUUUCCUCGGAAUUUUCAGACCUAAUUCAAUUGAAAUUGAGCAUUUUAUUGUGCUUUUUGGCAGUA